UGCUCAGCUCCUAGCACCCCAGGUGUGGUGAGGAUGUCAGCCAUCCCUGACGCGUUGGGUCGCCCACGGAGCAGCUCCUCUCGUAGCCUGGCUGGGACGCUGGAGACCUCUCUGGGCAUGGGGACGCUGGAGAUGGACAAGGAGGAGAUGCGAAUCCUCAAGGUCUGCUUCUACAGCAACAGCUUCAACAUGGGGAAGAACUUCAAGCUGGUUAAGUGCUCCGUGACAACAGAGAUCCGGGAGGUGAUCAGGUCCAUCCUGGUGAGCGGCCGCAUUGGGCCCGACAUCAAGCUGGCCGAGUGCUAUGGGCUGCGCCUGAAGCACGUCAAAUCCGACGAGAUCCACUGGCUGCACCCCGACCUGACAGUGGGUGAAGUGCAGGAGAAGUAUGAGUGCCUGCAUCUGGAGGCUGAGUGGAGGUAUGACCUCCAGAUCCGCUAUCUGCCAGAGGACUUCAUUGAGCGCUUCAAAGAGGACAGGACCACCUUGCUCUACUUCUACCAGCAGCUCCGCAGUGAGUACAUGCAGAACUACGCCAGCAAGGUGAGCGAGGGCAUGGCCCUGCAGCUCGGCUGCCUGGAGCUCAGGAGGUUUUAUAAGGACAUGCCCCAAAAUGCGCUGGAUAAAAAGUCCAACUUCGAGUUCUUGGAGAAGGAGGUGGGCCUGGACCUCUUCUUCCCCAGCCAGAUGCAGGAGAACCUGAAGCCCAGGCAGUUCCGGAAGAUGAUCCAGCAGACGUUCCAGCAGUACGCCCUGCUGCGGGAGGAGGACUGCAUCCUCAAGUUCCUCCACACCCUCUCCACCUUCGCCAACAUCGACCAGGAGAGCUACCACUGCGAGCUCAUCCAAGGGUGGAACAUCAUGGUGGACCUGGUCAUUGGGCCCAAGGGCAUCCGGCAGAUGACGAGCAAGGAGGCCAAGCCCACCUGCUUGGCCGAAUUCAAGCACAUCAAGUCCAUCAAGUGCUCCAGCGUGGAGGAUGGACAGGCAGUCCUGCAGCUUGGGCUCAGCGGCACUCCCCAGUCCCUGGCUAUCAAGACAGCUUCUCUGGCUGAGGCAGAGAACAUGGCUGACCUCAUUGAUGGCUACUGCAGGCUGCAAGGGGACUUGGAAACCUCACUCAUCAUCUUCCCAAGGAGAGAGAGAGUGAAGAGGAUCAGCCUGCCACAGAUCCCAGCCCCGAACCUGGAGGAGAGACAGUCUCUACUGUCAGACAGUGUGAGCCUGGAAUCUGACAUUUAUGCUGAAAUCCCUGAUGAGUCUUCAAGACCAAGGUCUGGAGUUCAGCACUAUGGGAUCUCCCGAGAGGACAUCACCUUGGGCAGGAUCCUCGGAGAAGGCUUCUUCGGAGAGGUCUACGAGGGGAUUUACAACACCCCAAAGGGGGAGCAGAUCAACGUGGCUGUGAAGACCUGCAAGAAGGACUGCAGCCCAGAGAACAAAGACAAGUUCCUGAGCGAAGCAGUGCUGAUGAAGAAGUUGGACCACCCCCAUAUUGUGAAGCUCAUUGGCAUCGCAGAAGAGGAGCCCACCUGGAUCAUCAUGGAGCUCUAUCCCUAUGGAGAGCUGGGACAAUACCUGGAGCAGAAUAAGCACUGCCUGGCUGUGCCCACCCUCAUCCUCUACGCGCUGCAGAUCAGCAAAGCCCUCGCCUACCUGGAGGCCAUCAACUGCGUUCACAGGGACAUUGCUGUGAGGAACAUUCUGGUGGCCUCCCCAGACUGUGUGAAGCUGGGAGACUUUGGGCUCUCCAGGUACAUUGAGGAUGAGGAGUACUAUAAAGCAUCCGUCACCCGUCUCCCCAUCAAGUGGAUGUCACCUGAGUCCAUCAACUUCCGCCGCUUCACGACAGCCAGCGACGUCUGGAUGUUCGCUGUGUGCAUGUGGGAGAUCCUUAGCUAUGGGAAGCAGCCCUUCUUCUGGCUGGAGAACAAGGAUGUGAUUGGGGUCCUGGAGAGGGGUGACCGCCUGCCCAAGCCUGAACUCUGCCCUCCUGUGCUCUACACCCUCAUGACACGCUGCUGGGACUACGACCCCAGUGAAAGGCCCAAGUUCAAGGACUUGGUUUGCAGCUUGAGUGACAUUUAUCUGAUGGAGAAGGAGCUGGCCAAGGAGCAAGAGAGGAACAACCGCCAUCGGCCUCCCAAGAUCAUGGAGCCGCCGUCCUUCCAGGAGCCACCUCCGAAGCCCAGCAGACCCAAGUACAAGCCACCACCCCAGAACAACCUCCUGGCUCCCAAGCUGCAGUUUCAGGUGCCCGAGGGUCUGUGUGCCAGCUCGCCCACGCUCACCAGCCCCAUCGAGUACCAGUCUCCAGCCAGCUCCCUGCACACUCCGCCACUCAACCGCCACAACGUCUUCAAGCGCCACAGCAUGAGGGAGGAAGACUUCCUCCGUCCCAGCAGCCGGGAAGAGGCACAGAAGCUCUGGGAGAUUGAGAGGCUCAAGAUGCUGCAAGUCCUGGACAAGCAGCAGAAGCAGAUGGUGGAGGACUACCAGUGGCUGCGGCAGGAGGAGAAGUCCCUGGACCCAACAGUGUUUAUGAACAACAACCUCCCUCCGCUGCUCCCGGAGAAGGAGGCAAAUUACACGGAGUUCACGGGACCCCCCCAGAAGCCUCCAAGACUUGGGGUGCAGUCCAUCCACACGGCCCCUACCGCCAACCUGGACCGCACCGAUGACAUGGUGUACAGCAACGUGAUGGAGCUGGUGAGGGCUGUGCUGCAGCUGAAGAACGAGAUCAGCAUCCUGCCCCCAGAGGGGUACAUCCUGGUGGUGAAGAACGUGGGCCUGUCCCUCCGGAAGCUGAUCGGCAGCGUCGACGAGAUCCUGCCUGCCUUGCCUGCUGCCUCCCGCACCGAGAUCGAGGGGACCCAGAAGCUGCUCAACAAGGACUUGGCCGACCUGAUCAACAAGAUGCGCCUGGCGCAGCAGAACGCCGUCACCUCGCUCAGCCAGGAGUGCAAGCUCCAGAUGCUUACUGCCUCCCACACCUUGGCUGUGGACGCUAAGAACCUCCUGGAUGCCGUGGAUCAAGCCAAGGUCCAGGCCAACCUGGUGAAGCUGUGCUUGGAGUGA